AUAAAUAUCUUCAUAUUGGUUUCUUUUUUUCUCUUUUCUAGUAAUUGCCCUUCAUUUCUUGCUGCUGCUUUAGCUAGAGCCACUUCAGAUGAAGUCCUUCAGAGUGAUCUUUCAGCACACUACUUACCAAAGCAUGUGGACAACGCCGAUGGGAUUAUACAGAUCGAGACAGUGAAACUGGCCCGCUUAGUUUUUAGCAAACUCCACGAGAUCUGCAGCAACUGGGUGAAAGAAUUCCCACUCCAGCCGAAGCCACACCGCUAUUAUGAGACAUCCAUCCACGCCAUCAAGAAUAUGCGGAGGAAGAUGGAAGACAAGCAUGUCUGCAUUCCAGACUUCAACAUGCUCUUCAACCUUGAGGACCAAGAAGAGCAAGCCUAUUUUGCGGUGUUCGAUGGCCACGGGGGAGUGGAUGCUGCCAUCUAUGCCUCCAUCCAUCUCCACGUGAACAUGGUCCAUCAGGAAAUGUUCCAGCACGACCCGGCAGAGGCGCUGUGCCGAGCUUUCCGGGUGACGGAUGAACGCUUUGUCCAGAAGGCAGCCAGAGAGAGCCUGCGUUGUGGAACCACCGGGGUGGUGACUUUCAUCCGAGGGAACAUGUUACAUGUGGCUUGGCUUGGGGACUCCCAGGUUAUGCUUGUGAGGAGAGGCCAAGCUGUGGAACUGAUGAAACCCCACAAACCAGAUCGAGAGGAUGAGAAGAAACGCAUUGAGGCACUUGGUGGCUGCGUGGUCUGGUUUGGAGCCUGGAGGGUGAAUGGGAGCCUGUCAGUCUCCAGAGCUAUUGGGGAUGCUGAGCACAAGCCAUACAUCUGUGGGGAUGCAGACUCUGCCUCCACUGUACUAGAUGGCUCUGAAGACUACCUCAUUUUAGCCUGCGAUGGUUUCUAUGACACGGUCAAUCCCGAUGAGGCGGUCAAAGUGGUGGCUGACCAUCUAAAGGAAAACAAUGGUGACAGCAGCAUGGUAGCACAUAAAUUAGUGGCAUCCGCUCGGGAUGCCGGUUCCAGCGACAACAUUACUGUCAUUGUGGUAUUUCUCAGGGACAUGAAUGCAGCAGUCAGCGUUAGUGAGGAGUCGGACUGGACAGAGAACUCGUUUCAAGGUGGGCAAGAAGACAAUGGGGAAGAUAAGGAAAACCAUGGAGAAUGCAAGCGACCGUGGCCCCAGCACCAGUGCUCGGCACCUGCUGACCUAGGCUAUGAAGGACGAGUGGAUUCCUUCACUGAUAGAACUAGCUUAAGCAUAGGGUCCGGCAUUAACCCGUUUGAUGAUCAAGGUUAUUUAGACCUGACAAAAACAGAAACUAGUAUGCCUAAUAGUGCCAAAUACCUGCCACCAAUUCAAGUGUUUAGUCCUGGUAUACCAAAGAAUGCAAGUUUGAUUAAUGGUUUAACAGUGAAGAACGAGUCACCAGAGAGCACAUCAGCAUUGACCUGUGGACAGAGCAAUCCCAGGGCGUACGGCUCUCCUCUCGGUUUGCAUGCUGCAGGGCAGAGCAUCUACAGGGUGAAGGGUUUAACCCCCAUCUUCUUUGGGCUGGAAGAUGAACUGUUCAAGUCGUUGGGAAAACGAGUUGCGUUCUUUCAUUUCCAUAACGGGAAGAGGCGACGAGGAGCCAGGCUCAAACCAAAGUUUCACACGCCGCUCUUGGCUCUUGAGCCUUCCCAUAGAGAGGGGUCGGGGCUGCCCUUGCCUGUCCGACACCGUGGUAGCACCAAGCUGUUGGUAAGACACUCCCCGUGGUGGAGGCUGCCUAGUCCUAACGCUUACAGUGAGAGCAUGUUCUUGACACGAAGACAAAGUCAUUGUAUACCAGAUGCAUACCUUCAUCAAUGCUGUAAGAUGUAACUGCCUCCCUUGUGUUUCCCCUUCAGACUCCCAAAAUAUAGACAUUCCCAAAAUAAAAAAAACUGGCAUCAUCAGGAAGCAAAAAAAAAAAAAAAAAAAAAAGGUAAAAAAAAAAAAAAAAAAAAAAAAAAAAUUUAAAAAAAAAAAAAAGUGGGCAUUUCAGAAGUGUGCUCCAGUCCCCUGCAAAGCUCCAACCGUGUGUAAAUAGAUCUUAGGAAUUAACAAUUCUAGUUGUUUCGGUCUCCACAAGGAUUGCUGGUGGUGCCAGCAAUGCCACAGCCACCCGCACGCACAGUGUCUAGUCACACUCACCAGUGAAAGCUGAAUAGCUGGGUCCUGGGAACAGACAUUGGGAAGGAACAGCCCUUGAAACUGCAGGAAGGUGAACCCACCCGAGGUGCAUCUAUGGAGCAAUAUGUCGAGAAAGGUUCUGGUUUAGAACUAUUAUUUUUUUCUUAAGAGUGGGGAGGAAGUUUCCAUAGAAGUCCAGGGUUGUGUGGGUUAUUUUGUGUUCUGCUGUUCUGCUUUCUGUUUAUUUCAGGCUAUCAUUAAGAUGAAUCAGAGAAUUACAUCCACUUUUGCAGGUAAAAGACUAAAAGCCAUACAGGGUUUUACCAGGUAACUUAGGAAUGGACAAACUAAGCUCCUGCUACUCUGUUCUCAGACUCCGAUUGAGGUACAGACUCAUAAUUUACCUAUUUUUUUCUUGUAAGAUAAAAUGUGGAAUAUGAAGAAAACUGUUUUUGUAGUUUUUAAAGAAAAAAGAAAUCAUUUCCUAUGGCUAGAGGUGCAGCAUAGGGAAUUUCGUAUAUUUCUGGUGCUUUUAGUGGCAUUUUUCUUGUUUGUCAGUUUAGGAAACUGUUCUCAGUUAGUUUUAAGCAAAUAUGAUUGUGCUUCAUGCUUUGAGCCAACCUCUCUCCACCGUAACUUCAUCUCAGGUCUUAAAAGAAACCACAUCUGUGGAGGUGUUCAGCACAGUCCUGCUGUCACUCAACAAGGCAGAGAACGGCUUGCUAGGAACAACGAGCAAUUCAGGAGCUGUUGGGUGUCAGUGAUCAUUUCUAGAUGGCAGUGGCAUAAUUGAAUGCUGUGUUGCAGCAUGAAGGACAGUCAGAAGCUGUGUCUACAAGGAGCUUUAGUGCUGCAAUUUGAUGCUUUCCACAAUGUGUCCGAAGGGCUGCAGGAGCAAUCCAAAGCAAAUGGAGAUGCCAUGGAUGCCUACGAGCAGGGGAUGUGCUUGGGGUUCAGUGCAGGAGGUAAAACUCAAUGACAAUCCCCAGCUCUGCUUUGGUCAGACCUGAAUUCAGAAGGACAAGGGAGGGACGUCAGCAGACCUUACACUAAUUAGCAGAGUGCUGUUGAUCAAACCGCAUCAAACAGCACCCACCAGCUCUGCCCUGCUCUUGAGGGGAUGUUCAGCCCUUAAGGGAGCACUGGAUUAGGACGUAAGCAAGCAGGCUAUUCCCAUCAGCUCCACUGAACAGGCAUCCAGUUACUAUUAUUUGUUACAAUAAGACAUUUGGAGAAGUAUGAAUAAAUAAGUCUGUGUGAGCAUUUAUUGUACAAUUCAUAUCAUUUAGCGGUAAUAAUUUAACAAUAGUAUUAGUAUUUAGCUAGCAUUUGCAAAGUAUUUUAAUAUUAAGUAGUCAGGAGAUUAUCCAACACAAAGAGAUGGCAAGGUUUGAAUUCUGCCAAUUUCUGCUUCUUCUGUCUUUGAUGCACUAUUUUAAAAGCAAUUCUGUCAAUAGCAAAAAGGCUUUGUGAGCAACCAGGAGUUGGAGUGUGGCUUCAGAUUCCUUUGAUCUCAUUCAGAUGUUUUUCUUUUUUAAUCUUGUGGGAUCAUUGGCUCUUAUCUGUCAUCUUAGUAAGCCUUAGCCAUUGUCUGCGUUCUCUUUAGCUGCAGCAUAUGUUCCAAGUCACAUUUACUAAGGAAAUUUGAGAAUAUAUGCAACUCUGGGGCAUCUCUAUGGUGCCUUUGUUUUAAAUUAUUCACAGUAAUAAUAACGCAUUGAAAGUCCAUCUUAGAGCUGACUCGUGUGUCUGAGAGGAUGGUUGGUGUAUAAGUGCAAUUCUUUGUAUGAGUACAUCAGAAUGAAAAACCAUUAUGGAUGACAAAACUUCUUCCCAGCCUGCCGGAGCAGUUGAAGAGCACUGGACUGCAUGUGUGCUGUUUGGGGAAGGUAAUAGCUUUUUAGGUGUGGAUUCAUCAGUGAUAACUGCUACUACUCGUACCAUUUGUCUCGCUAGGCGAACAAUCUGCCAUCGUAGUUCCGGUGUGGUCAGGUUAAAAACAAAAAACCCCACCACAAACCAUUGUAUAGAUAGCAAGUGUUCAUUUCUUCACUAAAUGCAUAUUUAUAGAGUAGAUAGGAACCAUUUGUAAGGUAAGUCCUUUAAAGUUCUAUAAUAUUAAAGUAGUGGUUAUUGGUCUGAUAUAUGCUGCUCUUGAUUCUACACACUAGACAAAAAAAGCAGUGCUUUGUGAAAUGCAGUGUUUUCUCUUAAUGCCACUGGUGAUAGGAAGUAGUUCUCUUCAGUUCAGAAUCCUGUGCCCUUAUUUGCUGCUUGCUCACGUAAGCAAUAAUCCCCCUCUAAUGGUAUCUAAGUGUUCUGUAUCUCGUACUUUGAUUGUCUAUCUGGUGACGAUGUAAAAAAAUAUUAGGCUAAUAUAAAAGUAUUUAAUUGUAUUUAUUAACUGUUGAUACUGAGAUCGUCUGUGACCUGUGUUUUGUAUUUUUAUCGUGUAUCUUAGUAGUGGUGGAAUUUGUAUAACAAAUCUUUCCAAUAAAGAGCUGAAGUAUCCCUUUUCCGCAUCAACACAACCCGCAUCAGUUUCAGUUUACGUAUUGAGCGUGUCUGCACAACUAGGAGGUAGGUAGUGAAAAUGUUCCUUCUUGAAUCCACGCUGGUUUUGAGCAAUGGGCUUCAGGCUGCCUGAAGCUGCUCCAAACUCGCUCGUAUUGCUAUUCACUGUGAGUGCUAGAGGGGCUCCUCAAUCCCCGCUCUGACAAGUUUCCUGUGCACGCUUUUUAAAUGUGCAACUCAGAGGAAUGCCUGCGUUGCAGAGAGCAGUAUAGCACCAGACCAGGGAGCUGUUAACCCACGUCGAUUUGCACUAAAGGUGGGUGGAAACGCAUGUAUGUAACUUUUCUUUUACCUAGAAGUGCCAUCAAUUGUCCUUGCAACUUAAAACCAUUCAGUAUUUGAUUUAGAUUGUGUUAUUAACGCUGAAGGACAAUGUCAAAGCAGACUAACUUACGCCACAUUUAUCGUGGUGCGCUGUCAUAGAAACUCCACUCUGUAUUUGGAACACUGUGUGUCAGUGAGAAAUGCAUUGUCCUAUGGGCAGAUAAGAUGAGGCAUAAUGAAACCCAUGUGUAGAGAAAUGACUGCUGUAGUUCAGGUCCGCUCUCUCUUCACUAAAUCCUCCUACCCUGGCAAUGGUCUGCGGGAAAAAAUACGAGAAAGAUUGGUCUAAAUUAGGGGCUGUUUCAGCACAAUUUAUUCACUCAGCACUAGUCCCAUUAACAAAGCCAUUAAAGGGGAUACCCCAGCUUUGUUCACGCCUGUAAUUUAGGGCAAUCUUUCUUUAAUUCAUACCUUCUUUACAACAGCAACAAAAACUUCCUACCCUUGUAUCGUGCAAUAAGUAAUAAUGAAGCACCAACACAACCUCCGAAUGUUCAUAUUCUUCUCCAGUCCCUGAUAAUCAGGCGAUCGCACUAUAAUACUUGCCAGCAUUAAAGCUAAAGAAAAAUAUAAAUCCCACCUCUUAGGGUCUAGUACAACUAUUGUAUGUCGCAACUGCAUCCUGUUAGUGGUUCUUUUGUUUUUUGUUUUGUUCUCUCCCUCUCCUUCACUCCAGAAGAGAUCCUGAAACGGGAACAGGGGAAGCUGGCUGAGCCCAACCUGAGGGCCUCCAUGCGUAGACAGCCAGGUUGUGGGUCAGCUGCAGCACUGGGUGCUGCCCUGGGUGCUCCUGUCCAUCCGUCUGUAGUACCUGUUUGUGAAACUAACAUGUUCUUUAUGCCGUGAAUAAAUCAAAGCUCAUCACUUAGCAGUGUCGGGACUUUCCCUUUGCACUUCUGUUCUACAGUUCACAUAUGAGUUUAUAGUUAUAACCAUGUAUUAGUCAUCCAUAUUUUAUUUAUGAAGCUGUUUAUACAAAAACUGUUGAAGUUUUACCAAUAUCUUAAUAAAACAGUAAUUUAAACCACG